AUGGAGCCUCGGGCAGUGCCAACGGUCGCUCCAUCGGUCAAACCUAAAAGCCGCGCCACUAAUACGGCGCACUCGCUGCGCAAGAGCCUAGCACCGGGCCUCUUCCUCGUCGCCACGAUACUAGCACUGCAGCUUGCCGCUUAUUCGUGGCCGCGGCGAUGGAUCGCAUCCGGAGCGCCCAUUCUGACCUUUUUCCUGCUCCACGGCGACAACAGCGGCCAUCGCGUCCUGCCGUUCUGCCACAUAUGGACGCUGUUUGCGACCGUCAAUCUGGCGUACGCGGUCGCGUCCACGUCGUGGCUGCUGUACUGGGUCUUUAUGGUCCUCUGCUAUCCGACCAUCUACAUCACCUGCCUCUUCCAAUACAAGCCCGUGGGUGUCGUGACGAGAUGGAUGCUGCGGGGAUUGCUGAAGCAGCUGCAUUUCGUCGACGACAAGAUUGCGUUGUUUGACAUUCCGGCGCUGGAAAUUGACGUCGAUGUCGACGGCCUCAUGGUACUACGCGGCGUCACCCUCUCGUUGUCGACGCUGAGCUUCACGGUCCACGGUGUCGAGGUUGGCAUCAAGCUCUCCGAUGACCUGGAGCUCGCAAUCCAGACGGAGCGCGUCACCGUCGCGCUAUUUCGAAGCAUCGAGAGCCAAAUCAAAGCACCACGGCAGAAAGCCGUCGAUGGCGCCUAG